CCCAGCUGGUAUCGGUGCCCAAGCUGAUGUGUUUUACUUGGUGUAGCCACGAAGUUUUUUAGAGCCAUGCAGGGCUUGUCUGUUUACCCUUCCAAGUCUGUCAGGUCUCCAGCAGCCUCAGCUAUUGAGUAGGACAGGAGGGAAUCUGGGGACAGGCACUGUUCACUCCCAUGUGCACACACAGUUUUUCAUUCUCAUUCUGCUUCUGUGAAUUGCUGGUUUAUUUCUUUCAGGUCCUUGUGACUGGACACCAUGCCUCUUCCAGAAACCAUGUUCUGUGCUCAGCAGAUCAAAAUACCUCCAGAGCUUCCUGAUAUUUUGAAGCAAUUUACUAAAGCUGCUAUUAGGACUCAGCCUUUUGAUGUUUUGCAGUGGGCAGCUGCGUAUUUUUCAGCCUUAUCUAAAGGUGAACCCCUUCCUGUGAAGGAAAGGCUUGAAGUGCCAUUAACAACAGGGAAAAAAGAUGCUGGUUUGACCCCAGGACUCCUUAAGGUCUUGCACAAACAGCUUUCUUCCAAAGGCACGGUGACCAUUGCAGAACUGAGGGAAAAAUGGAAGCAUUUGGGCUUGCCAGAGGAGCAGCUGGAAGCUAUCCUGCAAUUGGACAGUUUUGGCAAGCAGGUGGAAUGGAUGAAGUUUCUGGCACUUGGGUGCAGCAUGCUUGGUGGGUCCUUACUGAGUUCAAUGAAACAGGCCUGUGAGAUCUUAACAAGAGACCCAGAAGGCGGUGCAGCUCGAAUUCCCUUUGAAACAUUCUCAUUCCUUUAUUCGUAUUUGGCCAGUAUUGAUGGAGAGAUAUCAGAGAUGGAAACUAAUGCAUUCCUCGAUGGAAUUAAAGAACAAGCGGACAAACACUCUGGCAUGGUGCUGAUCAGACACUUCCUGCCAUACUCCUUCAUAUUUUAUUGAUCAGUCCUACUCUUCAGCAUGAGGUGAGAGGAAAAAUAAAAGAAGGAAUAAAUAAGUUCAAGAAAAUAAUUUGUGUUCAAAGUACCAUAAUUUGCACAUUUCAGAACAACAUGAGCCUCUUCGCUGGCAUUUCCUUUUCUUUGUCCUGCUCUUGAGAUGGUCCUUCAGGGGAUUAUUCAUUGAA